AUGUUCUGGAAGAAAGCAUUCUUCUACAUAUUGUUUUUGGCCUCGAUCGCUUUGGCAGCUGACGACACUACCACGACCACUACUACCAGUUCUGCUUCGAAGACUUUAGUAUGGGUCACUGGCACUAAUUCUCUUGGUCUACUCACUACUACCCAAUCUGCCUACACCCAGACGUUUGCGCUGGUAUUUGUAGCAGCUGUUUCUCCAAUGUCCGGAAGUAUUGGCUUGGGUUCGCUCGAUGCUAGCGGUGUGGGAGAUAUCAGAAGCUACGAAACAGUUACUGUAAGCGCAGCAGCACCGCCAUCCCAAAAGUUAUGGGUCCCUGGAGGUGAAGCAUCCUACAGACUGAUUAGAAUAAUUACAUUGGCUACAUUGACACUCGUCUCAUCUUUGAUGUUCUUGUAA